AUGGUAGAUUACCACGCUAAUAAUCAAUCCUCGACCGGAGGCGUGCAGAUGUACAUGGAGCCAGAAAACGACUGGGACCGGGACCUACUGCUGGACCCGGCAUGGGAGAAACAGCAGAGGAAGACGUUCACGGCAUGGUGCAACUCCCACCUGAGGAAGUCCGGCACGCAGAUCGAGAACAUCGAGGAGGACUUCAGGGAUGGACUCAAACUGAUGCUGCUGCUGGAGACCAUCGCAGGCGAACGGUUACCCAAACCUGAGCGAGGCAAGAUGAGGGUGCACAAGAUCAACAACGUUAACAAAGCCCUGGACUUCAUCGCAGGCAAAGGAGUCAAGCUGGUCUCUAUUGGAGCAGAGGAAAUCGUGGACGGAAACGCCAAGAUGACCCUGGGAAUGAUCUGGACCAUCAUCCUCCGCUUCGCCAUCCAGGACAUCUCCGUAGAAGAAACUUCUGCAAAGGAGGGUCUUCUGUUGUGGUGCCAGAGGAAGACCGCUCCCUACAAGAAUGUCAACGUGCAGAACUUCCACAUCAGCUGGAAGGACGGUCUCGCCUUCAACGCUCUGAUCCACAGACACAGACCGGAUCUCAUCGAUUACGACAGCCUCCGAAAGGAUGACCCGGUGACCAACCUGAACAAUGCCUUCGAGGUGGCUGAGAAGCACCUGGACAUCCCCAAGAUGUUGGACGCAGAAGACAUUGUGAACACUGCUCGUCCGGAUGAGAAAGCCAUAAUGACUUAUGUGUCCAGUUUCUACCAUGCCUUCUCUGGAGCACAGAAGGUACCCUUUGACCCCCUGACCAUGACCCUUUAACCCGCCCCCUCCUCGUUACUAACAAGGUGCGGCUUCCUGUCCAGCAUGGCCUCAGUUUCUCGACAGCGCUGCUAAGCCCCCGAGCCUCGACAAGGACACUGGAUUCAUGGGGCACACAAACACACACAAGCUCAAAUAGUGCGACUGUAACUGUGCUGGGGAACGCAGUAAAUGUUCUGUCUUCUUGUCGAAAUGAGUCCGUAGAUUACAGAAGAAUGCAGCUCAGCUUCUUGGUAGCACUGUUUUUACAAUGAAUCGCUGUUAUCAAGACAGUAAUGGUUCAUCGGUGUUUGCAGCAGCCAUACUUUUUAACUGCCAAGUUAACUAUUCUACUAUUUGUAGAAUAAGAUUGCGGUGGUUGCUUCAUUGGAUUGUUUCCUAAUCGUGUGAUCCAACCAAAUCCAAUAUAACUCCAGAGAGUUGUAAAGUCCAAAAGUCAACAUUGAUACAUACUGUAGGUAGAUCUGAUCGUUUCAAAAACUUCCCAACAUGUUUUUAUCAAACGGAAUAUUCUGCUUCAGUCCAUAUUUGUUGGCUUGUAGCCUCAAAAAUAUUUGCCGUCAAAAAAGUUUGCUCUCCUGCUUGCUUCACAAAAAGGAUCACACACCUGUAUUACAAUGGUGGUCUAACAGCGCCAUAGACUAAAUGUGUACAAUCUAACGGCACCGUAGACUAAAUGUGUACAAUAUAACGGCACCGUAGACUAAAUGUGUACAAUAUAACGGCACUGUAGACUAAAUGUGUACAAUAUAACGGCACUGUAGACUAAAUGUGUACAAUCUAACGGCACCGUAGACUAAAUGUGUACAAUCUAACGGCACCAUAAAUAAUAUUUAUAGAACCGCAAUAAUCAAAAAAAUCAUUUUUUCCCAUCUUAUUUUAUAUAUUUUUUACAACAUUUUAUAUACUACAUUUUAGUUUUUAAUAUUUACCAAAUCUUUAAUAAAUCCUUUGUAAACAUCUCUUAAUAUUACAUAGGUUAUUUUGUAUUUGUAAAGCACUUGCACUGUUUAGUGCUGUGUAAUAUAAAUCACUUUAAAGCUUUGCUGAGGUAUCAAAGCAUUUCAUGAUUGAGUGAUGACUAUUUCAACAAACGCUUGAGAUUAUCACAUCGUGUAAAAUAAUUGUUCAAAUUUAAGACCGUUGGUGCAUUCAGUAGCAUCUUCUAUAACGAAAAUGUCUCUGAAUUUUACUAUUUGAUCUGUCGCUCUCUUCUACCCUCCCAUCACUCGUUCCUC